AUGAACUUGAAAUCAUUGUUGACAGCCGUGUUACCAUUGAUGGUAGCCACAGCAGCCGCAGAAUCCAAUGAGGAGGAAAUAUUGACAGUCACUAGAACACAUUUUGUGACCAGCCCAUGUAUUAGCUAUUUUGCCAGCAGUUUGUUACCAAACAAUCCUGAAGGCUUGACCACUGGGAUUCCCGUUGUUUUUGUUCAUGCUCCUAAAAAUAAAGAAAACCAAAAAAACAAGAUUGAUUUUACUUCCAUCAUUACCCGUACAAAUACCCACAUAGUAUAUGAGACAGGAGUGCCGAAAUCAAAAGGUGGAGUACAAGUCGAGACGAAGAAUGGUGCUUCAUGCAGUACGAUCACUACGUAUUCAACGAUCACUCAUGAAACCUCUACUUGCUCUUCUGAAAAGUGUCAAGUCCACACAUACACGACUGUCAUUCCAAGCGUUUACACCAUUAUUGGUGACACCGCUGCAAAAGAGACGUCUGUGGCCAAAGCAAAACUGGACUCUGAAAGUCAAAGGUUAACCAAUAACGGUAAGGUAUCAUCGAACUUAUCAGGCAUUGCAGGAGAAGCAUCACGCAAUACGAAUCUCGCGUCUUUCUUAACAACCUCCAUUGAUGUUGCUCAAACCACCACCACAUCAACCAUAUUCAGUGCCACAGAGACUCCUGAAAGUACAUAUAGUCCAUCUACUUCUUUGGAGUCAUUACCAACAACCAAAUCAGCUCCAGUAACAUCACAAUCAGUUGUUUCAGAAACUAAAUCAAUUACUAUAGACCUUUCUUCAAUAACAGAUAAUGUCACUAUUUCCAACAAUACUACCGAGGUAUCAACAGUCAAUGGCAACUCAACAAGCUCGUUGCUAUCCAUCUCUAGCGAGCUUUCUUCUUCUUCGCAACCACUUGAAACCACAUUAUCAACCAUCUUGAUUAGUUCUUCUGCUGCUGGACCAUACUUCAAUUCAUCAAUAGUGCUGAUUUCACACCUGACAAGCGCUCUAUCAACUGGAUCAUCUGAGAGCGAAAUUUCAAGCCCACAAGUUCUGUCUGAACCAUCAUUUGCUGAAUCUUCAACUUCAUCAAGCUCCUCAACAGAGACGAGAGUUGCCGCUGCCACUGAUAUCUGCUAUUCGGGAGAUUUAUUUUCACCCAUUGAUACCAAUGCGCCACCUUUGGUAUUUCCUAGACAACAAUUGCCUUUAUCAAUUCCAGCAGGUGUGAACAACAAUGGUGUGCCAAUUCAAACCAACAAAUUCUAUGCAAAUUUAUUCUUAGGUGACCAGGAUCUGAUGGUUUACACUUAUCCUUAUGGGAUAUACUGGAGCAAGACAAGUUACUAUGGUUUCGGAGUUCAGCACACAAAUAUUUCUAACCGAGUAUUUGGAUCACAAAAUACAAACAAUCCUGGAGUAUCAUCAUAUUAUUUCAACCCCACCAACAAUGGGGAGAUUAUUCUUUCAGCCACCGAAUUUACUGAGGAAACAGUACACAUGGCUCUCAGUGACAUGACAGAAAUGGCAGCUAAUAUCAAAUUAUCAACCUCAUCUGGUGAUGAUAUAAACUAUCUUGAGAUUCCAGUUGUCCAAGGUAUGGGAUUUGUCACAGGGAUCUAUAAUGGUAACUUGAUUCCAGAGUUAAAUUCAUUGUAUGGUAUUCGUACUUUGGAAUUGGAAAAGUCGGAUGCUUUGCUAUCGAAUAUUUUAAAGUAUAGGGCAACUUUGUUCAACGGAGUGGAAUGGUUGAUUUACAUCACGUUACCCACAGAAGAUGACGACUUUGAAUUCACUGCUGACGAUUCAUAUCAUUUGAAGGCAUCAAAGUCUGUUGAUGGUUUAAUCAUUCAAGUGGCUCUUGCUCCUGAAACUUCAAAGAACCAGUUUUACGAUGCUGCUGCCGGGAUGUACGUUACAGACGCCACAAUACAAGGUAGUGUCGCUUGCUCCUCAUCAGCUUCAUACCUGUUUGCAUAUGAAACAUCAGGUUCGUCAUCCAGUGGUAAGCCCAUUAUUUUCGCCUUGCCACAUCACCUUCAUACCUUGACCUCAACAUCCGGUGCUACAGGUAUAACCGUUUCUUCACCAACCAAAGGUGAGAUGAUAGGAUUCUUGACCAAUGAAUUAUCAUUCUUGGAAACUAUUGAUAAAAACAUUCAGUUUUUGCCUUACCUUGCUGGAAGAACUGGACUGUUGUCGUAUUCUAGUGAUCAAUUGACCUUGCUUGCCACUUCGGCAAAUGAUGAGCUUGCCGUCGAUAUUGCAAGUACCGUUGCGAACAUGAACUCCAAUUAUUUUUCAGGCAAAGUCAUUGACAAGUAUGCACAGAUUUUGUUAGUUGUUAGUGAAAUUAUCGAUGAUGAGGCGGUGACAAAUGCAACAUUAUCCGAGAUGAAGGAUGCGUUUGAAACAUUCCUUAACAACCAACAAUACUACCCUUUGAUGUACGAUACUAAGUUCGGUGGAGUCACCUCUACCGCGGCUCAAAAUGGUGACAAUGGUGCUGAUUUUGGAAGUGCCUUUUAUAAUGAUCACCAUUUCCAUUAUGGAUACUUUGUUCAUGCAGCAGCAGUAGUAGGUUACAUCGAUAAAAAGUUGGGUGGUACUUGGGCACAGGAUCACAAACAUUGGGUGAACUCUUUAGUUAGAGACGUUGCCAACCCAUCGAGAACUGAUCUGUAUUUCCCUGUCUCAAGAUCAUUUUCGUGGUAUGACGGUCAUAGUUGGGCUGCUGGAUUAUAUGAAAGUAAUGAUGGUAAGAAUCAAGAAUCCAGUUCGGAGGACAUUCAUUUCGCUUAUGGUAUGAAGUUGUGGGGAAGUGUUAUUGAAGAUUAUGCAAUGGAAGCAAGGGGAGGUUUGAUGUUAUCAUUAAUGAGCCGUGCAUUCAACAUGUACUUCUACUACAAGUCUGACAACACCGUGCAGCCACAAGAAAUCCUUCCCAACAAGGUCAGUGGUAUUUUCUUUGAAAAUAAAGUAGAUUAUACGACAUACUUUGGCACUCCAGACCAACACCCAGAGUAUGUUCACGGUAUUCAUAUGUUGCCAAUUACUGCAGCUAGCUCGUCAGUAAGAAUACUGUCAUACGUUGAGGAAGAAUGGCAAGAUCAAAUUUCAACAUUCAUUGACAACGUUGACAGUGGAUGGACCGGAAUUUUGAGGUUGAAUCAAGCAAUUAUUGAUGCUCAGUCGUCGUACGAAUUCUUUAGUUCAAAUAAUUGGUCUAGCAGAUAUUUGGACAAUGGACAGAGUCGUACAUGGAGUUUAGCUUUCUCCGCCGGUGUUUUAUAG